ACCGGAAAGGAGGCGGGGCCGCGGCGGCGCGCGCUCCCGGAACGCGCGUACCGCAGACGGCGCGGAUCGCAAGGAGCCGGUCCGCCGCCGGAACGGGAACCUGGGUGUGCGUGUGGAGCGGGGGCUCGUGGGAGACUGUCGCGAUGAACACGGUGCUGUCGCGGGCGAACUCGCUGUUCGCCUUCUCACUGAGCGUGAUGGCGGCGCUCACCUUCGGCUGCUUCAUCACCACCGCCUUCAAAGACAGGAGCGUCCCGGUGCGGCUGCACGUCUCGCGGAUCAUGCUAAAAAAUGUAGAAGAUUUCACUGGACCAAGAGAAAGAAGCGAUCUGGGAUUUAUCACAUUUGAUAUAACUGCUGAUCUAGAGAAUAUAUUUGAUUGGAAUGUUAAGCAGUUGUUUCUUUAUUUAUCAGCAGAAUAUUCAACAAAAAAUAAUGCUCUGAACCAAGUUGUCCUGUGGGACAAGAUUGUUUUGAGAGGUGAUAAUCCGAAGCUGCUGCUGAAAGAUAUGAAAACAAAAUAUUUUUUCUUUGACGAUGGAAAUGGUCUCAAGGGAAACAGGAAUGUCACUUUGACCCUGUCUUGGAAUGUUGUACCAAAUGCUGGAAUUCUACCUCUUGUGACAGGAUCAGGACACGUAUCUGUCCCAUUUCCAGAUACAUAUGAAAUAACGAAGAGUUAUUAAAUUAUUCUGAAUUUGAAACAACAUAUUUUUAUACUCAAUGAAUUGUAUCUCAUUUAUCUCUUCCCUUGCAUCUUCAUUUGUUGUUACUUUUUUUGUUGUUGUUGUUUUGUUUUUUUUCGGUAUAAGACCUAACAUCAAAAGGCCUGUUUGAAGGGAAAGGUUAAUGGGCUACUUAAUUUUACAAACAAAACAGAAACCAAGCCUGUCACAGUGAAGUAUUAUCUUACAAGAAUAAGAACUACAUAAAAAGGAUUGUAAAAAAUACAUAUUUGAAGUAUUCCCUGUAUUUCUGUUACUCUUUAUGGAAUACAAAGUGAGCAUGAAGGGCAGUUAAAACUUUCAGGUGCCUGUAGAGUCAUAAUAACUCUGUAUUUUAUGCCUUGCAUUCACGCAAGUUCACAUUGGAUGUGAUUUAAAAGUAGAUAUCCUCUUUUAUCUUUUUAAGGGUAUGUUUGAAUACUGGAAAAUUAAUAUGGUUAUUUGUUAGAAGUCUGAUUUAUAAAAAAGCCAAAAGUAAUGGAAUUUUAUUCCGUUUGUCUUAGGCAGGCCCAUAAUAUUUGUUUUUCUUACGUGUGACUAGCAAUUUUCUCCACUUAAAGACUAAAUACCUCUUUAUAUGCUGUAAAUCAUUCUAAUUCAUUUAAAAAUCUUUUAGGUCAACCAAAUGUGUGUCUUCAGUGCUUUCUCUAAAAAUAUUCCUUUAUAGCUUUGUACAUUUUUUAAGCAUUGCCAUUGAAAGUUGAAAAUGUUUGCAUGGUUUA